AUGUCGACUCUAAACCUAGCAAAAUGGGCCACAGACCUCUCCCCCUCCCAAAUCCCCCCCUCAGUCCUCAAAGCCGCCCAACGUUCCCUCUACAACUACAUCGGCUGCACAAUAGGAGGAUGCACCCACCCGACAGUCCAAAAAGCUCGCGCGGCACUCCUACCAUUCUCCGGCCCUGCAACUUCCACACUUCUAGGUUCCACACACAUCUCCUCAUCAUCAUCAUCAUUGCAAAAAAUCAAUAAAUCAGAUGCGCAACAUGCAAGUCUACUARAUGGAAUUUCCUCACAUGUUCAUGAUUACGAUGAUACGCAUUUAGCGACUAUUAUCCAUCCCACUGGUCCCGUGGCAUCAGCACUCCUUGCAUUCAUCGAAUAUCAAUCCUCCACCCGCGAUAUUGUCAUCAGUGGGGAAGAACUUCUCACGGCGCUCAUAGCAGGAAUAGAAGUAUCUUGUAAACUCGGCUUGGCAGUCUGGCCCUCUCAUUAUGAUCUCGGCUGGCACAUCACCUCCACUACGGGCAGUAUAGGCGCCGCAGUCGCCGUGGGCAAAAUUCUGAAAUUGGAUGCGCAGCAAAUGGCGCAUGCGAUUGGGAUUUCUGCGACGCAGGUCACGGGAUUGAGGGAGAUGUUUGGGAGUGAUACGAAAUCUUUCCAUGUGGGACGUGCGACGCAGAAUGGACUUUUGGGUGCGGUGUUGGCGGGGCAGGGGUUUACGAGUUCGAUGACUGCGUUGGAAGCUAAGCGGGGAUGGGGCAAUGUUGUGGUUGGCAGUGGGGAGCCUCGAUUGGAAGGGUUGUUGGAGGAGUUGGGGACUGUGUGGGAAGUGGAGAGGAAUUCAUUUAAACCUUUUCCGUGUGGGAUUGUUUGUCAUCCGGCGAUUGAUGCUUGUAUUCAAUUGGCGCGGGAGAUGCGGUUGAGGGGAGAGGAGUAUGUUGCUGAGAUUGAAAAUGUGGAGAUGAGAGUCCAUCCGCUGGUUAUGGAGCUUACGGCGAAGAGAAGGCCUUUGGAUGGAUUACAGGCGAAAUUCUCCGUCUUUCAUGGAUGCGCUGUGGGGUUGAUGUAUGGGAAAGCGGGACCUGCAGAGUACGCGGAUGAGGUUGUUAUCAAUCCUACAGUGGUGGCUUUGAGAGAUACAAUCCAAGCUACUGCGGAUGAGAACGUCCAGGCCGACGAAGUGUUCCUCAAGGUGUUUUUGAAAGGUGGAGUGGUUGUGGAGAAGCAUGUGCUGCAUGCAGUCGGGUCCGUUGAGGUCCCUAUGACGGAUGAGCAACUUGGGGAGAAAUUUUUGGGUCAGGUCGAGCUUGUUGUGGGGAGUGUUCAGGCGAGAGAAGUUAGCGAGCUUGCAUGGAAGUUGGGCGUUGUUGAUGAUGUGGCUCGGCUGAUUGCGAGAUUGUAG